UGUUUGGGAAACACGUCGACUACACGCGAGUUGUCUGGAUCUACCGGGUACACGCGUGCUUGUUGAAAUUCACUGACGUGUUCAAGUAUUUGUGUUGAAGUUUCUUAAUCGAGUGAGAAGACCAGCUGCAGGUGUCGUUUUUCAGUAUAUCCGAAAAUACUCCGUUUGUUUAGACCGAAGUGAUAAGACGAAUUUAAAUCAACGUGUAGAAUUCCCAGAUCUGUCACUGAAGUGACAUUUAGAAUUUUAAGGGAGUGAGAUUGUAACAGGCCGAAACCUUCAGAAAUGCUUCCUACGGUAAAAGUUGGGAUGGUUCAAGCAUUGUCGCUGUUUGUGAUUUACAGUAUCUUUACAACAGCCAGGGCAGCUUUGAAAGAAGGAGAGUGUGAAGUUUGUAUCAAAGUUCUGAACAAGUUCAAAGAGACGCUCUCAGACCAGGAUGUAAAAUCAACUGAUACUAUUGAAACAAAGUUCAAGAAAUUCUGCAAGAACCUUCGUUUGAAAGAAGAAAGAUUUUGCUAUUAUGUCGGGGGCUUGGAGACUUCAGCAACUACAAUCAUCCAGGCUAUCUCAAAGCCCAUGAGCUACUUCAAGCCCAAUGAGAAGAUCUGUGAGGAACUCAAGAAGAAGGAUAGCCAGAUCUGUGAGCUGAAAUAUGACAAGCAGAUUGACCUUGCCAAGGCUGACUUCAAGAAACUCAAGGUCAAGGACCUGAAGAAAAUACUGGAAGGGUGGGGUGAAUCGUCUGCUUGCAAAGGAUGUGCUGAAAAAUCAGACUUUGUACGUGUCAUCAAGGAACUGAUGCCCAAAUAUGCACCAGAGGCUGCCAAGCAGAGAGAAGAGCUUUGAUCACCGUGUCGUUUUAGAACUUGAAUUUCAUGAAAGGGUCAUUUCAAUUCAUGUAUAACACAGAUUUGCAUACAUCUAAAUAAUACAACAUAAAUACUUUAGCUUUUUGUUGAAAGUGAAAGUUUAUUAAUAUAAAAAAACAAUUGAAUUUUUUUUUUUAUCAUAGUAUCUUGACUGCUAAUAAUUUCGGUGUGUCAAGGACAAAGUAUGUUUUUGUCAAGUUCCCAUACC